CUUCGUGACUAAAAUGUGCGUCCGAGUCCGAACUGUCCGAAGUUGUGUCAUGAUGAUAUGUUAGUGUUAGUAGUGAUGUGGAACUUUGCAAUAGUGAAAAUAUGAUGAAAAUAAAUCGAAUUUUUGAUGUAGUAUUUCUACUGCUAGCAAUAAUAUUGAGUGUAAUACCACAGUGUUGGUCUACUUUAUCAGACAAACGAUUAUGUUAUGACCCUGACUGUUCGGAACCUAUAUCUGUGGCUAGAACAACAAUUCAGUAUCUGGCACCCGAUGAAGGGUUCCUGUCAUUCGGUUCCAAUGUAGAAGUCACAGUUUACAGUAAAGAAGCAGGCAGUAGAAAAGAUUUGUGGGGAAUAGAGCAUGGUGGUAAAAGAGGAUAUGCACCAAAAAUCUUUUUGAAAGAAUACAAAGUCCAUCACAAAAAUUUGAAACAUGAAGUACCUAUUGAAUCAACACUUCUUAGUUAUAGCAAAUCUAAUAAGAAACAUCAGUCUGAAAAGAUUAGUGACAAGCUGAAACCAAUUACAGAGAAUGUUCAAGCGUCAAGUGUUCCAACAACUAUAGAUGUAAAAUCUACAAAAGAACUGCCAAAUAAUGUAAAAUCCCUAUAUGAAGUUAUCGAUGGUACAACAAUCCAUGUAAAUCCUACUAAAUCUUCUACAGAACAAGCUUUUGCGACAAAAGUUUUACAACCAGCAGUAGUGCCAAACAAAGAAGAUACAGUUGUUAAUGUAAAAGUAGAUGCCAAUAGUGAGAAAGUAACAACAAAUAUUUUUGCAAAAGAUGACAAGUUAUCGCAAGAAAUUUUAAAUGGCAAAGAGAAAAAUGAUGGACAAAAUAUGUCCCAGAAUGAUAAUACCGAUGUUGACAAAACUCCUGAGAAAGUACCAGAUUUAUUUCAGAUUAUUGGAAUAAAACUUCCAUCGAUGGAUAUAGGUGCUAAUUUGAUAAAUAAUUUGUUUAAUGCAGCAGACGAGGAAGAAGAGGCAGCAGAGAAAAUAAAGAAGGUAACAGCUAUCGAGGCAGAACAUGUAAAGCCAUCGAAAGAACAAGUUAUUCCUUCGACACAAGAUGUUGAAUCAUCAAAAGAACAAACUAUUCCAGCGGUACAAGAUGUAAAGCCAUCGAAGGAACAAUCUGUUCCUGAAGGACACGGUGUCAAAAUACCAGAAGAACGAUCCAUUCCUGAGGUACACGAUGUAAAGAUAGCAGAAGAACGAUCUGUUUCAGAGUUACAAGAUAUAAAGUUGCCAAAAGACCAAUCUCUUCCCAAGAUACAGGAUGUAAAGGCACCAAAAGAACAAUCUGUUCCUGAGGUACAGGAUGUAAAGAUAUCAAAAGAACAAGCUGUUCCUGAGAUACAGAAUGCAAAGGCACUAAAAGAACAAGUUGUUCCCGAGGCACAGGAUUUAAAGACACCGAAAGAACAAGUUGUUCCUGAGACACAGGAUGUAAAGAUACCAAAAGAACAAUCUGUUCCUGAGACACAGGAUGUAAAGAUAUCAAAAAAACAAGCUGUUCCUGAGGUACAGAAUGCAAAGGCACUAAAAGAACAAGUUAUUCCUGAGACACAGGAUUUAAAGACACCAAAAGAACAAGUUGUUCCUGAGGUACAAGAUGUAAAGAUACCAAAAGAACAAUCUGUUCCUGAGACACAGGAUUUAAAGAUACCAAAACAACUUGUUCCUGUGGUACAAGAUGCGAAGGUAACAAAAGAGGAAACUGUUCCAGAGUUACAGGAUGUAAAGAUAUCGAAAGAACAAGCUGUUCCUGAGAUACAGAAUGUAAAGGCACUAAAAGAACAAAUUGUUCCCGAGGCACAGGAUAUAAAGACACCAAAAGUACAAGUUGUUCCUGUGGUACAAGACGCGAAGGUAACAAAAGAGGAAACUGUUCCAGAGUUACAGGAUGUAAAGAUACCAAAAGAACAAUCUGUUCAGGACAGACAAAAUGUAAAGUUAGAAGAAGAACAGUCUGCUGGUAAACUUCAAGAUAAGAAUAUGUUGAACACUACUGUUGGAGAUACUACAGUUACAAUAUCAAAUGAAAUUGGUCCUACUGACUCGGUGUAUACAAUUUCAGCAAAUGGUUCUGAAACAGAUACAAAAGUUGCUCUGAAUGUUACUGAACUUUCUAAUAAAGAAAAUAUCCAUUCUAUGGGGAGUACUCAGUUAGACACUGAAGAAACUAAAUUAGUCGAAAACAGUAACAUUCCCGAAACGCGAUCAACAAUCCUUAAUAUUAAACAUACUGUACCGUUACCAACAGGAAUGGACAUUAACAGUUCAACAGAAUUACCCUCUUCUAACAUUGAUGAAGAUGGGGGCAAACAGAGUUUCAAUGUGAGUUUCGAUAGUAUUUCUCAGGCGUCACCUUCAAAAUAUUUAUCCGAAAAUGCUACAGAGACAAUAAUUACUUCUGGUAAUGAAGAGAACAGUGAGGAACCGCUGGAGAAUAUAAAAGCAAUUGUAGAAUUUGGAAAUUUCAGUUAUAAUAAUGAAGCCACAAAUGCAACUGAAUCAGGAGAUACAGAAAACCUUGCGAAGAUUGAUACAAACGAACAAGUUAAAAAUUUGGACGACAGUUCGGAUUCUGCUGAAUUUAAUCUACAUCCGUCGGGAUUUAUGUAUACUACUAAAGAAGGUAGUAUAGUUUCAGAAAAUGUGGCAAGCAUUAAUGAAUUUCGUAAUAGAAAUUUAUUGAAUGCCGAUACAGGGGAGCACAGUGAAAUUGAAAGCACGAAAAUUGAACAAACUGCAGAAGAAAUAACAUCGGAUGAUGAUGAACAUCAAACAGAAGAUUCUUCCGAGGUCUGUACAGCUGAUAAUGUCGAGUGUUCCAUCCAAGUUGAAUCUCAAGAUAGUUUUAUUACCGAUGAUGAAACUUCGGACAGUAUGGAAAAUUUAAUAGAGAGCAUAAGUUUAGUAAGCAAUUAUUGGAUGACAUUCGUGUAUCUAAUUGUCACCGCUACUGCAACACUCAUAUUUUCUUUAGGAUAUUAUUAUAUUGAGAAUAUGAGAAGAGAUGGACAGUUAAUAGCUAAAAUCAAUAAGCUUGAGAAGGAUUUACUUGUUUCAACAAAAGAGAGUUCGAUGUUGAAAGAUAAUUUAAAAGUAACCAAAGAUAAGUUGAAUUGUAUCGAAGAUGAAUCAUUCGGUUCCAAUGAAAUGGUUCUUUCUUUAAAAGCUGACUUAGAAGCAUCCCAGAUUGUGAAAGCAGAAUUGGAAGAUCAAGUUUCUAUGUUGGAGAAAGAUUUAGAAAGUGCUACCGAAGCGGGACUAGAAUUAGAGCGAAUGCUGCGCGAAGUUCUUUCCUCGGAUAAUGAAGUUAAUCCGUUAGCCCAAUCAGUAGAAGACCUUCAAACACGAUUAAAUGCUCAACAAGCCGCGAAUGAAUCUUUAACAAGUGCUCUUAACUUAAAAACCCAAGAGCUUGAGUUCGAUAAAGUUGAGAAUGAAUCUUUAUCGACAGAAUUAGCGUUCUAUAAAAAGAAACACGAAGAACUUGAAGUCGAACUUGUUCGAGUAACAGAAAGCUUCAAGUCCGAAGUGGACAGUAAGAAUAAUAUACACCAAACAUUGACUGAUAAGGUUCAGGAAUUAGAGAUACAAAUGAAGGACAUUUCUAACGAAAAAGUAGCCUUACAAAAAGAAUUGAAAUGUAAAGAAGUGGAAACUAAGGAUCUCAUGGAUGUUAUUAAUCGAUUAAAUUCUAAUUUGGAUUUGGAUAAGUUAUAUAAUGUAACUCACAUUAAAGCAGAAGCGAAAGCUUUACUCGAAGAAAGAAACGAAUUAAAAAUACGAUUGACCGAAGUCGAGGGUGCUCACAAUUUAUUGGAAGAACAUGUGAAAGUUAUCAAAGAGGAAGUGUCUACAUUAAGUGAACAAUGCAAGACAGCAGAAAAGGAGAAAAAAGAUGCAGAAACUCGUCUCGAAGUUUUAUCAAAUUUCUUUAAAGAGAAAGAAGCCCAAAGACAAAAGGAGGAAUCUAUUUGGUUACAACAACAAGGUGAAGUUGUAUCCACUGUAGAACGAAUCCAAACAAUGCAAUCUGAAAUACAAAACUAUAAGCAACAAAUUGAAAUGUUGAAACGGGAAAUAUUAGAUCAAGAAAGAGAAUACGAAAAUCAAAUUUCUAUAAUUGAAAAAAAUGCUCACGAGCAAUGGAUAAAGGCGCGCCAAGUUGAACGUCGCCUGGAAGAGUCCAAAGUCGAAGCAGGACAAUUACGUAACCGGCUUACACUCAUAGAAAAGAAUAUUAACGAUGUAGACCCGGAAGUAAAAUUACACCGCAUGGAAGCAAACGGGGAGACGGCAACGUCGCCUCCAUUAUUCAUAGGAGCAGAGUCGUCGAGUUCUCCUAUAAUGUUUUCUGGUUCCUCGAAUGUUCCUCCUCCGCCACCGCCUUCGUACUUGCACUCACUAUUUCCUCCGUAUUUACCACCUCCGUUACCGAACGCAUCGAACGUACCACCCUAUGAAAUUAGUCAACGACCACCACCAUUGGGUGGCCGAUUAUCUUCACCUCCACCUAUGCCUUUACAUCCUCCGAAUUCCAGCAGGUACGAUAACGCAGGUUCUCCGCCGCCAAUGUCCCCGCAUUUACUUCCGUCUUUCCCUAAUCUCAGAAUACCACCGCCUUCAUUUGGUAAUGAUCAUUUUCCUGGUCCUCCACCGCCUCAGUUCGUUAACGAUCAUUAUCCUGGUCCGCCACCUCCCCUUGGUUCGAUUAUGCCAGCACCCCUUGGAACGACGCAUUCAUGGGGGGAAGAACCACUGACGCCUCUACGCAAUUCCGGUUACCACCUAUCUCAACGAGAACGUGUACAAAAUCACAAAGGUUCCUUACAUUCUUCAGGAGAAUCAUUGGACAAAUCACAUGAUAGUAGCAAAGCUUAACUCCUUUAUUUUGUUACCAACCGUCGUGUUACGCUAAAUUUGAUACUGUAGGGAUCGAUACUCAAUAUCUGAAUUUUUCGAGUGAUCAACAGUGAUGCAGGAUAUGUUAAUAUUGGCAGAGAGACUAGCAUUUAUUAUUUUGCGACAUAAACACUUACGUGUUUUAAUAUAUCAUUUGUAAAAUGUGAUAUAUGCAUAUUUAUUCGAUACAAAUGUGUCUUAUAUCAAAUUUCAUCACUGUUGUAUAAAAAAAGGAAGGAGGAGCAACUAAUUGUACAUAUACAUUUGAUUAAUGUUUAAGAAUAUAUUGAGACAUAGAGCAGAUUGUAAAAAUGUUUCUUUAUAUAGAUACGUAUAAUUCUUUAUCCAAGUCUGAAACUUAUGUACUUUCAUGAUUUAUCAGUUUUGUUAUUAUCCAUUUUACACUUUACUUAAGUGUAAAACUUACAUGUUGUGCUGGUUAUCAAGCAGGAAAUAAAUUGUAAUACGAAUUUG